AUUUCCAGCUUGAGAUCUGUGUACUUGUGCUGGUUUUCCCAUGAAGUACAUCCUAGUAACUGGUGGUGUCAUCUCGGGCAUUGGCAAAGGGAUCAUUGCAAGCAGUAUUGGCACCAUACUGAAAUCAUGUGGGCUGCGUGUCACUGCAAUCAAAAUUGAUCCUUACAUAAACAUAGAUGCUGGAACCUUUUCACCGUAUGAACAUGGUGAAGUUUUUGUAUUGAAUGACGGUGGAGAAGUUGACUUAGAUUUGGGAAAUUAUGAGAGAUUUUUGGACAUCAGUCUCUAUAAAGAUAACAACAUCACCACUGGAAAGAUAUAUCAGCACGUCAUUAAUAAGGAAAGACAUGGUGAUUACCUGGGAAAAACUGUUCAAGUUGUUCCACACAUCACUGAUGCAGUUCAGGAAUGGGUAAUGAAUCAGGCAAAAGUUCCAGUGGAUGAUGACAGAAAAGAGCCCCAAAUCUGUGUAAUUGAGCUGGGUGGAACCAUUGGAGAUAUUGAAGGGAUGCCAUUUGUUGAAGCAUUUAGACAGUUUCAGUUCAAAGCGAAAAGGGAGAACUUCUGUAAUAUCCAUGUUAGUCUAGUACCACAGCCUAACGCCACUGGCGAACAGAAGACAAAACCAACACAGAACAGUGUUCGAGCAUUGAGGGGUCUAGGCUUGUCUCCAGAUUUGAUUGUCUGCAGAAGUGCAAAACCUAUAGAAAUGGCAGUGAAGGAAAAGAUCUCAAUGUUUUGUCACGUGGAGCCUGAGCAGGUGAUAUUUAUCCAUGACGUUUCUUCCACUUACCGAGUACCAAUCCUGUUGGAGGAGCAAGGCAUCAUUAAGUAUUUUAAACAGAGGUUGAAUUUACCUAUUGAUGACCAGCCAAGUGAUCUUCUGAUGAAAUGGAAGAAAAUGGCUGACAGAUACGAAAGGUUACUGAAGGUGUGUUCCAUAGCUCUCGUUGGCAAGUACACAAAACUAAGUGAUUGCUAUGCAUCUGUUUUCAAGGCACUGGAACACUCUGCCCUGGCAAUUAAUCACAAACUGGAUUUAAUGUACAUAGAUUCAACAGAACUUGAACGUUCUACAGAAGCGGAGAACUCGGUGAAGUAUCACCAGGCAUGGCACAAACUGUGCAAAGCAGAUGGCAUUCUGGUCCCGGGAGGGUUUGGAAUCAGGGGAACAGAAGGCAAACUCCAAGCUAUUUCCUGGGCAAGAACAAAGAAGAAACCUUUUCUGGGAGUUUGCUUGGGAAUGCAGUUAGCAGUUGUGGAAUUUGCAAGAAACUGUUUGAAUUGGAAAGAUGCUAAUUCUACAGAAUUUGACCCAGACACAAAAACCCCUGUU